UUGUAGCAAAUGCAGAUUAGGGGUUCGAUUCCCCGAGAGGCAACAUCAUCUUCUGCUUUACUUUCUUGGUGCGUCCCCCUACGCCCUAGUGUUGCGAUGCGAGUCGUGGUUGCGUGGGCAGAUCACGCGGUAAGUCGUCCUCCAGCUGCCCGCCCACCGCUCUCACUUGCAAUGCAGCCGGAGCACCUGCAAGCACCGAAGGCCGUCUGCUACGACUUGGCAUUCAGGCCUGAUGGAAGCCAGCUUAUUGCUGCAGUGGGUAGCCGAGUCCUCAUGUAUGAUGCAGCAACCGGCGACCUUCUGCAUUCGCUCAAAGGUGGAAGGAUGGACAGAUCCCCCUUUAUAAUGCAUGUUGCCACCCUUGCAGGCCACAAAGGUGCGGUCUACUGCCUUGCCUACUCUCGUGAUGGGAAACGCUUUGCUUCGGGGGGUGCUGACAAGACCAUCAUCGUGUGGACCUACAAGGCCGAAGGCAUUCUCAAAUACAGCCACGCCCACUCCAUUCAGUGCCUUGCAUAUAACCCAGUCACCCAACAGCUUGCGAGUGGGACGGCCAGCGAUUUCGGGAUUUGGUCCCCUGAACAAAAGUCAGUCUUGAAACACACAACCGUGUCCAAGGUGCUUUGUGCGUCCUGGACCAAGGAUGGCCAGAUCCUGGCUCUUGGCAUGUUCACUGGCCACGUCUACCUCUGUGACAGAUUCGGAAACGAACAAGCCAUGAUCGAAAAGUCUUCUCCAGUUUGGUCCCUGCAGUGGAACGUCCACAACAGAGCCUCUGAUACCCUAGCAGUGGCCUGCUGGGAUGGCACACUCACAUUCUUCAACAUAUCAGGCAAGCAGUUUGGGAGAUGCACAGACUUGGGCUUCGAUCCCUGCAGCAUCUCGUACACGUGUGAUGGCAGGUAUCUCUGCGUUGCUGGAUCUGGUCGAAAGGUAGAGCUUCUGUCCAACGAAGGCAUCCAACUUACCACGAUAUGUGAGACGAGCGAUUGGGUUUGGGCCGUUCGCUCUCACCCCAAGGCAGACUACGUUGCGGUGGGAUGCAAUGAUGGGAGCAUCUCUAUGUUGCAGCUGGUGUUUUCAAUGGUUCACAGCUUAUACCAAGAAAGGUACGCAUACAGAGACACACUGACCAGUGUCGUUGUCCAGAACCUCAUCUCCAACGAAAAGGUCCGUAUCAAGUGUCACGACUACGUGAAGAAAAUUGCAGUUUAUCAAAACAACCUAGCAAUACAGAUGCCUACCAAAAUCAUUGUGUAUCAAUUGCAUGGAAGUGGCCUUGCUGCAUCUGACUAUCAAGUUCGCGCAAAGCUUAACGGACGGAUGGAAUGCAACCUGUUGGUACUUACAUCACGCCACUUCAUUCUGUGCCAUGAAACGGAGCUGCAGCUUUAUUCCUUGUCUGGGACGAAAGAACGUGAAUGGUUUCUUGAAUCCUCAAUUCGCUAUAUCAAGGUUUGUGGAGGACCGGUAGGAGGAGAAGGUUUGCUUGUUGGGACGAAGGCUGGACAGGUUGUACGGCUGUGGAUAAACAAUGCCUUUGCAGUGAAUUUGUACAGUCACAAAAAUCCGAUCCGUUGCCUAGAUCUAUCUGCCAGCGGUUCUCGCCUUGCUAUUGUUGAUGAGAUGUCAAACCUGGUCGUCUACGAUCUCCAGAGCAGGACAGUUUGUUACGAGGAAACAUCUGCAAGCUCAGUGGCCUGGAACACAAAGCUGGACUCGAUGCUUUGCUAUUCUGGCAAUGGCAUGCUGAGCAUCAAAACGGCAGACUUUCCAGUGCAUCGGCAGAAGCUGCAGGGCAAUGUUGUUGGCUUUCAGGGAUCAAGAAUGUUUAGCCUUCAGAACUUUACAAUGCAGACUGUGGAAGUUCCUCAAUCAACAAGUAUGCGGCAGUAUUUGCGGACAGGGGACUAUCAGAACGCGUACCGUGUGGCUUGUAUGGGAGUCACAGAGAUGGACUGGCGGGAACUUGCACUUGAAGCUAUGAAGGGUCAGGACUGGAAAGUAGCUCGGGCUGGCUUUAUGCGUCUCAGAGACGUUCCUUUUCUCGAUCUCCUAAGCCACGCAGCUGACUAUCAACCUUGUCAUCUUGCAGCCUGCACAUAUGCCUUCCAGGGAGAUUUUGAAGCCGCUGCUCAAGCUUACUGUGAAUCUGGAGAAGUUGACAAAGCAAUGGAAAUGUAUGCCGAUUUACGGAUGUUUGAAAAAGCUAAAGCACUAGCCGAAUGCAUCCAAAACAAGGACCAGAACAACAAAGCGAACGUGAGAGACAUAAUUCAAAGGCAAGCCGAAUGGACUGAAGAGACAAACGACCACAACACCGCAGUUGACAUGUACAUCAUUGCGGGCCAACCUCAGAAGGCUCUGAGUAUUCUUGCUGCUCAUGGUCCAGCACUCAAGCUUAUUGAGGUUUCACGAAGGCUUAACAAGUCGGAUAUACAGGAACUUAAACAGUGUGCAUCACUAAUGCACAGACAUGGGUUGUAUACCCAUGCUUUGGAGACAUAUACUAAGCUCUCUGAUUUUCGAUCGACUUUGCUGCUCCAUAUAGAGCUUGAGCAAUGGGAGGAAGCAUUUACAGUAAAGAAACUUCACCCCGAGCUUCAAGAAGAUGUGAAUCUACCGUAUGCACAAUGGCUAAUCAGCAGAGACCGAUUUGAGGACGCCCAUUUGGUCUACAGACAAGCCGGGCGGCCUGAUCUGUCAGAGCGUCUGUUUGCUCAGCUCAUUGAAAACGCUGUGAAAGAAAAGAGGUUCAAAGAUGCUGCACAUAGUUCGUGGUUACUGGGUAUGGAUGGAAAAUCUGAGGACGAAGAACAUAGACGGCUGCGGCUGUGUGCAGACAUAUAUUAUGCUUACUCCUAUAUAGACCAGUCCAUCAGCGAACCAUUCAGAACAACCUUACCGGAGACGCUCAUUGGCACUGCACGCUUCGUCCUUGCCCGAAUUCCUAGGAACUCCAUUGCAGGGGUUUCCGUCGCCAACAUUUUGGUUACACUUGCCAGGCAUGGGGAACAACUAGGUGCACACGACGUUGCAAAGGAAGCAUACGAGCAUUUGCGGCGCUUGAGGGUGCCCUCAAGCUGGGCAGACAAGCUGGAGGCUGCCACUUUAGCUUCCAGAGCUCGCGCUUUUGGCAGGACCAUCGGCCCUUCCGUUUGUUUCAUAUGCUCUGGGACAUCCCCCUUCGUCUCCUACUUUGAAACCGACUCGUGCGCCAAAUGCCGUCAGCCCAAGUUCUGGUCUUUCUUGACUUUCCGGCAGCUUCCUGUGGUUCAAGUCUUCCUAAAGGAUGGCAUCACACAUCAACAGGCACUGGAACUGUUGCAGCGCUACAACGAGUCUGAUGUGCAUGGAACAAACGUGGAGUACUUGGGCCUGCAGCACAACCUCCAUACUGGACGAGUUUAUAUGGAUGACAAAACGCUGUCUAAGCUGCAGGCCUCGCAGUUUUUCGCAGUCGUGCCAACUGGAGGUGCCACCAUUCAAGCUCGCUACUUCAUAAGUCUAGAACCUUCACUGUCACUAUUUCAGUGCCCAUCGUGCGAGCACUUUUUUGAGUUGGAAGAGUGGGACUUCACCGUCCUCAGGCAUGGCUGCUGUGCGUUUUGCCGAAAUGCUAUGUAAAAAGGGAAUAUUCUAGAACCGC